AUGGGGUGCGCACCAAGUGGGACCACCUGCAAGAGCGGAGGUUUACGUCUGAUGGCGACCAAGCUCAGCUUCACGAAGGAGCAGCUCGAGAAGCUCAACUCUUAUUACUCGAGGCUCAUAGAAGAUGCUGCGAAACCGGAUGUUUCAGGGGAGGCGAUUUGCAUCGAGGCGGUAGUAGAGCGACUGGUGCAGCGACUAGUCGCAGGGAUGGGCAACCUGGACCCCAGGUUCUCUUCCAUGUUCCUGGUGUCCCUAAACGAGCGACGAAGAGUCGAGGAGUUGAAGUUUGAGUAUCUGGUGAGGAUCGACGGAUUAUCCAGUCCAGGAGUGACCGGAGAGUUCGAGGCCCCGGUUCGGGUGGAAGAGGACCCAGGGAUGCCAGGAUUCGCCAGGUUGAGGAUCAGAGGAUCAGGAGCCAGUCUUUGGGCCGAGUUCCUGGGUCCCGAGGGAAGGCUGAGGAGGGAUCUGAUAAAGGCGAAGAUGGCGAGCCUGCUGGCUUUGGCCACCAAGCAAGGUGCUCUGGAUGGGGUCGACGAGAGGCUGUGCCUGGCUCCUGGACAAGUCGUGGACCCGGAGGUGCUGGACAAGAUUUUAAAGCAACCAGACCACUGCAGGGUGUUCUAUGGACCCGCGUCCGCCGAGGUCGUCCUGCCGGAGCCGAAGGACCACAGGGUGGUGUUGGUAGAGGAUUCCGGGGGGAUCCUGCUGAAGCUGGGGUUAAAGGGCAUGGGCACUCGCGAGGUCGAGGUCAGGCUCGUCGUUGGUGCUUCUGCUUCCUCUUGGCCAGCCUUGGCAGACUUCCCGAAGAGGGUGCCCCUCCAUCACUGCGAUGCCCUUCUGUACUACAACGCGGCGCAGACCGGGAUGUACGUGGUAGCCGUGGGGCCAUACCCUGGAGCAAGGUGCGAGGAUCGAGCGACCCUGUGGAAGGUGCGAUUUCCGGCCGCCGAGACCGCGAUGAGGACCCACUAUGCGGAAGACAGCGUCCCAGGGAUGGUGGACUCGGUGCUGAUGAGGAUUUUGUCCCAGCUGAGGGAAAAACGGGUCCCGGAAUUCUCCUUUGCGAGCAAGGACACUCCGAGGGUCGUCUCCAGACAGGUACUCAGGACAGUGCACAGGUGGGCCCUGGAACGGGCAGGACCCGAUCCUCUCGGGAACUGGGCUCCUGAGACCUUAUCUCGUCAUGUCCUUCUCGUCCUGGACGAAACCGUGACCGCUCUCAGGUGCCAGAGCUUGCGGUGCUACUUUUAUCCACGCAGCAACGUGAUGCUGCAGUGCGCCCGGGGUGGCAUCCUGCAUCACGAGGACUCCUAUAUGUCGGACUCCAGAUUAUUGGAGCAGUACCUGCAGGCUCUUCAUCGACAGGCCCUGGACCUGAAGACGACCGAGCCCAGACCGGCGGACCUCCUGGAGAACGAGCUGAUAGACCGCUGGAGAAGAGUCGUCACCUCUCUACCUCGGGGAACCAUGGGUGGACACUAUGGGUACAGCUCCAGACAGUUGGAGUACCUAGGACUGGUCGUCCAGGAAGUAUUAAGGGCUAACGAGGUCUCUUUGCAGUCGCAGGAGGACCACUCGUUCCUGAGCUUUGAGUCGUCGAACAGGAGUUCCGAGCCGAUCGAGAGUCUCGUCUACCUGCUGACGACGGUUUCGAAGCAGGCCAGGGACCAGGUUUACGCGAUGACGAGUCGUCGGGGCCGGAAACGAGGUCACAGGAAGACCCUGAAGAGGAGGAAACGCGGUAGCGCGUCCUUCUUCGAGCGCUCCUUGGACGUCCUGGUGGACGUCGUGCGCAGGGAUCGCGAGACCGCCUACACGGACCUGGAGAACCACGUGAUAAUGGCCAAGACUCUGCUCCGGUGGCUGUAUUUCGCCGCGAAAAACGACCGGAAGACCCUGGGGCCGAUUCUGCGACCCUACUUGGGGAACCUCUUCAACUCGUCCCACGAGAACGCCUGGCACGUGGAGUCCUGGAGGAAGAGGCGGGAGAUUUACUCCUCGGAAGUCCGGUCUCUGGCCAUGUUCUCCAAGCUGGUGAUGACCCAGGAGAUGUCCCCAGCGAACGGGAUAGUCGAGUUCCUGUCGAAGGGCUGGACCUGGGCGGAGAACGUCGCCAGGAUGAUCGAGAGGUCCAAGGGUGGACUCAGACUGGUUUUCGUGGACUCCGACAAGAUAGUUAAAUACAAUUUGACGUUCGCUAAUGACAAAGGACUCAGUGCCUACUCCACCUGGAGCAAGCCCAGGAACGCCGGGAUGACCGUCAGGAGAGCGAACCUGGCCAGGACCAAGAUGAUCACCGAAGGCUUCUCCAAGCUCUACUCCAAUCGGAAGGACCUCUGCAAAGGACCAGCGGGACACGUGGACCUGCGGGAAUGGAGUCCUUUGACCAACGCGGUGUCCCUCGGCCGAAGGCGAGGACGUCAAAGAGGUCCUGGUGGCUUGAUUCCAGCCUUGGUCGCCCUUAACAAGUUUCGCAUCCUGCAGGAGGUGGCCGUCGUGCUGCCCCAGGACGAGAGGACCGCGAUGCUGGACGUGGUGCAGAAAGUGGCGAGAGAGGCAUCCAGGCGUCUCAGGAGAGCCAGCUGUCCGGACACCUCGACUUCGGGGUCCCCCAGGCAGAUCUACACGCCUCGGUCGGAAAAUGGAUUCCCGGAGUCUCCGAUUCACCCUCCGGUCCAUCAGCGUGGAGGAAUCGCGGAGCGCAGGAUGAAGAUGCACAGGGAGGUGCAGGACCUGCAGGACACCCUGUCGAGGCGAGGGACCAGGUCGAAGAGUCCUUUCCCGGUUUGGGACGCUGCUUCCGUGACUUCGUGGACUUCUUCGGUGAGGUCCUGCGGAAGGACUCGACUGGGACGACGCAUCCCCACCUGGGAGGUGAUGAGAGGAACCUCCCCGAUGUGGGACAGCGUCAGUACCGAUGGGAGUUUCGCGAAGUACAAGUCCGAGGAGAUGACCAGCAGAGAGGAUUCGCCCGAGUGGGGUCAUAGGUCCUCGCGAGGACGCGGUUUCGGGGACCGGAAGGACCCGAGGGACUCCAAGGACUGCGACCUCCUUCCCUCCUGGGAUUUUCUGGACGAGAGCCUCGACCGCAAGCUCUCCAAGCUCGACGACCCGGAGCCGGACUCCCUGGAGGCGAACCGAGACGUUGGCAUCGACUAUCUGGUCACGGCGAACGAGCGCAAGGAAGUCACGACCAAUGGCGGCGAAUUAGAGAUUAGGUUAGGACGAGGUCGAGGAACUCCAGGUCGUCCAUGGAGUCGAGGGAAUCUCUGCGAUUAAGUCCCGAAGAGAGCAGAAGAAUCAUUGGGUCGUAUCGAAUUCUUGCCGAUUUUAUUUCUAUCUAUUUUGAUUUUAAGUCUCCGAAGAAAAUUAUU